UUACAUAGUGUCAGGCCUCGUUGGCCUGGUCUUGCUCAUUCGCAUUUCCAGGAUUGGGCGCCGACCAGCAAACUAUCCCCCCGGGCCUCCAACUUUACCGCUACUGGGAAAUAUCCAUCAGAUGCCCUCACGUGACGCGCAUCUUCAAUUCCAGAAAUGGGCUCAAGAAUAUGGGCCGGUGUACAGUCUGAUCCUAGGGACGAAAGUCCUCGUGGUGCUUUCCAGCGACGUCGCUGUGAAGGAUUUGCUGGACAAGCGCAGUGCCAUCUAUUCUGAUCGGCAGGACAUGUAUAUUGGCAUGACCUUGUGCAGUGGAGGCUUCAGAUUCCUGAUGAUGAGAUAUGGGCCGACUUGGCGCAUGGUUCGCAAGAUGGCACACAAUCUCUUGAACGUUCAAGCUGCCAAGUCUUAUGUUCCAUACCAAAUGCUGGAGAAUAAGCAAAUGCUCUAUGAGAUGCUCGAGCAGCCGCACAGAGUGCUCCAGAACAUUCGCCGGUAUUCAAAUGCAUUGACUACCAGUAUGGUCUUUGGAUGGCGUGCACCAACCUACGAAGACGAAAAAGUGAAGCAACUAUUCAACGGCUUCAAUGAGUUCGCUGAGAUCAAUCAAACCGGUACCGCUGCCUUGAUUGACUUCUACCCAAUCCUCCGCUAUCUGCCAGAUUUUGUCAUCCCUACGCAGAAGCGUGCCAAAGAGCUCUUCAAGGUAGAACGAGAAUUGUACGUCAACCACUGGCUGAAUACCAAAGAAGCAAUCCGCAACAAGACGGCAAAACCUUGUUUCUGCGUCGACAUGGCUAGGGUUCAAGAGAAGGAAGGAUUCAGUGAUGAUCAAGCUGGCUACAUCUCAGGUACACUUCUCGAGGCCGGAUCAGACACAACGUCAAGUACUCUCUACGCAUUUGUACAGGCCAUGCUUGUUUUCCCUGAAGUCCAAAAGAGAGCCCAGGAGGAAAUCGAUCGGGUAGUCGGUCCGAAUCGCCUCCCCACAAUGGAAGACGAGAUGGAUCUCCAAUAUAUCCGCGGAAUUGUCAAGGAGACGCUCCGAUGGGCUCCCACGACGAUCCUUGGCGCCGUUCCACACGCCGUCACUCGAGACGACGAGUAUAUGGGCUACCUGAUCCCUAAGGGCGCAGGGGUCCUCAACAACGUCUACACCAUCCACAUGGACCCUGCCCGACACCCUAACCCCCGACAAUUCGACCCCCUGCGCUACAAAGACGAUUUUCUCAGUGCCGCCGACUCAGCCGCCAACCCUGACGGCACAAAACGCGACCACUUUACCUUCGGUGCCGGAAGGAGAAUUUGCCAGGGUAUGCACGUCGCUGACCGGAGUCUCUUCCUCGGAGUGUCGAGAAUGCUGUGGGGAUUUAACAUCAGGCCGGUGAAGAAUGAGGCUGGAGAGGAUAUCAUUCCAGAUACAGAUCAGUAUACCCAGGGGUUUGUUUGUAUGCCAGUUGAGUUUCCUGUGGAUAUUAAGCCGAGAGAUGAGAGGAGGGCGGAGAUCAUUAGGAAUGAGUGGAAGGAGGCUCAGACUUUGCUUGAUGAGACAAAACAGUGGAAGGAGAUUCCUCAGGGCAUGGCACUGCCUUCCCUGGACUAAAAACUACAUGCUAGUUAAUUUCAAAUAUCUUCUGCGCAUGUCCCCAUAGAGUACGCGGGAAGUAG